GAGACAGAGAAUACAGACCGAUGGAGAGUGAAAAACAACAUUGAUAACGAGAAAAGACGCGAAAUGGCGGAAGACAAUCCUACUUCGGUUUCGGUUCAGCGUGCAGCCGCACAGGGCUAUCUUCUCCUUCCCCCAAUUGCAACACCAAUUCGCCCAGCAACAUGCUUCAGCACUGCAUUAGCAGCUACGCCGGCGAUGAAUCCUUUCGUCUCGCAGCAUACACCGUUCGACCUCGACCGUCUCGAGUCAAGCAACUUCAUUUACCGGACACAGGAUAAUUGCCGUGGUACUUACUUGUCGUCAUCGACUAAUAGCUCAAGCUCUUCCUACGAUCAUCUCAGUCUUUCCCUAGGGGUGAGUGUAGGAAAUGCAGUCCUGGGCGCCAGUGUUACUGGCUCCUAUGACAAGUCCGUCCUUGAAGAUAGAUCGAAAAGUAAGACGUCGCGGAAGACUUCAUUCCAAGCGGGGGCAGUCCAAUUCCAGAGGCCGCCACCAUUAUCAGAAGAAGCUCGACAGCUAUUGCUUCCUGAAAAUGGUGGAUUUGACGCAUUCACUAAGCGAUUCGGCGACUUCUAUGUAUCAGGUUUCACUAUAGGAGGCGACGCUUCAGUGGUCAUCAGCCAAGCCACAUCAAAAUCGCAAAAUGUGGAGAAAUUGAAAGUUGAGCUCGAAGUACGCGUGCUUUGUUUUUCUGACACCGAGACGAUUGCCGAAGUGGACACUAGCACCAGCUCUUUUGACGUCGAGCUGAAUCUUUAUGCAUUCGAUAGUCUCGAUCGGUCUUUUGUGGAAUUUUCUGCUGCAAACGGGACUGCUCUGAGAUUUGUGGAUGCACGGAAGCUAGCUGUGGAGUAUGGAUGGAGGGUCGAUCGCAUGCCAGCACGCAUAGAAGAGAGCGUAAAGAGCCUUGGCACGAUUCUAGACGCAAGAAAGCCGUUGUCAUGGGGUCAAGUUGGUGGCGUUCUGCAGUCUAAUGUGGUCAGUAACUUGAUACUGCUGCCGUUUUCUACGCAUCGGGAAGUCAGAGGGUAUGUAAAUGGAUAG